UUUUAUGGGGAGCAAACUGAGCCCAGAGCAGAGGGGGCUGGAGGCUUCUCUGGUUGGCACCUGCUGUUCAGUAGAUUCCCCACUGUGGAAAGCCUGUGGAAAGCCUGCUCAAUUGGAGGGACGUGCUCCUGUGUGCACAAAGGAAAACAGCAAGACACAGAUAAACCUUCAGCCUUUUCACUGUUGCUUCCACAGGCAGAAACUGAGGCCACUGCUUUAGACCUAAGUGAUAGACCUUGGAAUCAUGUGGGCUGAAGCACUUGUGGUUACAGUUGUCCUCAUUGUACUGGAUACAGAUGUCUAAUUCCCCCAGGGGAGAAGAGAAGAUGAUGGUUUGGCGGGAGGCGGUGCCAGGAGUUGCCCACCCACCUGCCUGUCCUGCUGCCGCUGUGGGACAGGCUGUCGGGAGCCUUCACCAGCAGGCGAAGAGCGCGGACUGUGGAGAUGAAGAGCAGCCCGCCCUGGCGAGCUGGGGUGCUCUCCCCAGCCUGAGCUGGCUGAGCUGUGACUCCCAGCACCCUGUGUCGGGAGCACCUGUGGGAAUAAGGGGUUUUUGUGGCACAGAAUGCUUUGUUUUUGCUAACAUCCCAUUCACUUUAAGUAGAUAUCGCUUGUGCACUUAAGGUCUUGUUCCUGCUCCCCUAGCUGGAUGGGAGGCCUCUCCAAUGUCUGCUUUGUGGCAGGACCCCCAUAGCUAGGUGAGCUGGUGGCCGGCACCAUAUGACAUAUGAAGUAAACCUCAUAAACUGGGAAAGGCUAAAAUACACUUGCUUAUUAGAAUUAAAAUCUAUACCUCUUACUGGAGGAGCAAUGGGCUAUGUUAACUAAAAUCCAGUUAAUUGGCAAAGGGAUCUGUAACAUAGUGACAGUGAACUUCACCCUGGAGAAGGCAUUUAGCCAAUUGUACUCUAAAAAUAUGCAGGCCAGGAGAGCAGAGUUAUGAUAGUGAUUGUUCUCAGCCUGAGAAAUGCAGCAAUGAGCAAAAGUUCAGAAGUCUGCGUGCUCCUUAUCUGCACCUUGGCACCAUGCAAAAGCCGCAGCCCACAAAGAACCAUUUCAUACUGCUGGGCUGUGUGCCUUGCUCUGCACAGAGGAAGCCUGUCCACUUCUAGGAUCAUUAUUCAAAGUCCUGGGGAGCCGCCUGGGCUCUGCGCUGGUGCUUCGUAGUCCUCCAGCACCACCUACAGUCCCCGGCGCGUGGGAGAAGAUGCUCCGGUGGCACCAGAGGCUGGCCCAGAGCCCCGCUGGAGCGCGUCCCCCCAGCCUGGCGCAGGGUGGGGACGCUGUGCAGAGUCACAGGAGCCAGCCAGCAGAGCUGCGGGGAGAAGCAGGCACGACCCGCGUCCCCGCAGGAUACGGUUCUUCUAGUGCGCUGCUCAGAAACCUAUGUGCUGCACGGAGGCUGCUCCCACUGCUCGGGAUGGUUGGCCUGCUGGCAGGGACGGCGGCUGGGGCAUGGCUUCUAGUGAAACACCUGCAGCGGCCUCCGACAGACCUGGGCUUCACCUCACCGCAGGAAGCAGGAGCUAUCGCAGUGUGCAACGGCAGCGACAAGGAGGAGCCCGUGGUGUCCCGAGCUCCUGGCACAGUGUCUUUCAGAAUAAACCCAGAGAACUCCCUGCUGGAAGUGCAGAUGGAAAGCAGGCCCGGCUGGCUCCUGGCAUGCCACGAGCGGUGGGAGUUCUCCCUGGGGACGCGGCUCUGCCGGCAGCUGGGCUACCUCAGGAUGAACCACCAGAAGGCGGUGAACGUGACGGACAUCCGUCUGGACGGUGCGCAGCAGUUCGCCCAGAUAAGACCUGAGUGGGGCGGCCGCCUGCAAGACAUGUGGCAGAUCAGGAGCGCCUGUGAGUCAGGUUGGGUCGUGGCUCUGAAAUGCUCAGAGUGCGGGCUGCGCCCCGGGGCUGCCCGCGUGCUCGGCGGCGCCGAUGCGCCCCGCGGGCGCUGGCCCUGGCAGGUCAGCGUGCAGCACGGCUCCCAGCACCGCUGUGGCGGCUCCGUGCUGGCCCCCGACUGGAUUGUCACUGCGGCCCACUGCGUGCACAGUUACAGACGGCGCCGGGAGGCCUCCAACUGGCUGGUAUUUGCUGGGGUGGUCACCCACGGGGCUGCUGGACAAGAGGCAGGGAUGGCGGUGGAGAAAAUCAUCUACCACUCUCUUUACGAUGACAAAACUCUGGACUACGACAUCGCCCUGAUGAAGCUCCAAGCCCCUUUGAACUUCUCGGACGCUGUGCGUGCCGUGUGCCUGCCGCCCGCCCGCCAGGACCUCCUCCAAGGCUCCUACUGCUGGGUCUCUGGCUGGGGCUACACCAGCCCGCAGCAAGCGCAGAUUACUGAGACGCUGAAAGAGGCUCUGGUGCCCCUGAUCGGCACCACGCUGUGCAACAGCUCGUGCAUGUACGCGGGCGAGCUCACCGCCCGGAUGCUGUGCGCCGGCUACCCGCACGGGCAGAUCGACGCCUGCCAGGGGGACAGCGGCGGCCCCUUGGUUUGCCAGGAUGGGCCCACGUGGCGCUUAGUCGGCAUCGUGAGCUGGGGCCAGGGCUGCGGGGAGCCCAACCACCCGGGCGUCUACACCAACGUGGCUCAACUGCUGCCCUGGAUUCACCACAUCACCGAGAUCUACUAGAAGCAAAGCAAGGAGAGGCUUCAAAGAGCAAAACUUCGUCCAGGCUGCACAGCAAGUGAAGAACAGUCCACGAAUAAUUCAUACUGUCUGUAACCAUACCCACGGCAGAGCCCUCAGAUGACAGUAGGAAACUUGGCCAGUACAAAUAGUUUAUUAUAGAAAAUAGAGUGUUAUAUUUCUGUGAAGAAUCCACAUGGGAGAAGUGUUUUUCAAAAUAUGGAUUUCUUGGAUCGCCACGUGUAAAAGGGAUCCAGAGGAAGCUACACGGGUGUGCUCAGCUGCCCCAGCAGGCAGAGACUGUUCAGAUCUGUGAUGACCCAGGUGCACUGCAGACGCCAGCGGUGAUCCAGGUACUAGAGAAAAGCUCGGGAAUACAAACAGCAGUU